AGCGCGGGCCCGAGCGCUAGCGCCGGCCAUGCCCAGCUCCACCGGCCAGCCCGACGGCGGUGGGGGCGGCGGGCCGGGGGGAACGGCGGCCGGCGGCGACCCCAGCCCGCGCCCCCCACCCCCAGGCAUCGAGGAGGCCGCGCCCCGGCCGCCGCCCGAACCCGACGACGCGGCCGCCGCGCUGCGCCUGGCGCUGGACCAGCUGUCCGCGCUGGGCUUGGGGGGCGCUGGACCCCCAGACGAGGAGGGGGCGGCGGCCGGCAGCGGAGACGGCGCGACGGCCGGCGACGCGGACGGCGGGAAAGCCGAGCCCGCGCCCCCCGACGGGCCGGGGCCGGAGGCCAGCACGCCCCUCGCCAUGGCGCCCACCAUAGCGGUGGCCGUGGCGCCCGGAGCGCUGCCGCUGCUGGAGCCCGACGGCAGCCCCCCUCCGCCGCCGCCCCGGCCGUCGCCGCCCGACGUGUUCGCCGGCUUCGCGCCCCACCCAGCGGCCCUGGGUCCCCCGACGCUGCUCGCCGAGCAGAUGAGCGUGAUCGGCAGCCGCAAGAAGAGCGUGAACAUGACCGAGUGUGUGCCCGUGCCCAGCUCGGAGCACGUCGCCGAGAUCGUGGGUCGCCAGGGGUGCAAGAUCAAGGCCCUGCGCGCCAAGACGAACACAUACAUCAAGACUCCGGUGCGUGGGGAGGAGCCGGUCUUCAUCGUGACAGGCCGCAAGGAGGAUGUGGAGAUGGCUAAGCGCGAGAUCCUCUCGGCCGCCGAGCACUUCUCCUUGAUCCGGGCCACGCGCAGCAAGGCGGGCGGGUUGCCGGGCGCCGCCCCGGGCCCCCCCAACCUCCCUGGCCAGACCACCAUCCAGGUGCGCGUGCCCUACCGCGUGGUGGGACUGGUGGUGGGGCCCAAGGGCGCCACGAUCAAGCGCAUCCAGCAGCGGACGCACACGUACAUCGUGACGCCCGGGCGCGACAAGGAGCCCGUGUUCGCCGUCACCGGCAUGCCCGAGAACGUGGACCGUGCGCGCGAGGAGAUCGAAGCGCACAUCACGCUGCGCACCGGCGCCUUCACGGAUGCCGGCCCCGACAGCGACUUCCACGCCAAUGGCACCGACGUCUGCCUGGACCUGCUGGGGGCCGCCGCCAGCCUCUGGGCCAAGGCCCCCCACCCGGGGCGGCGGCCCCCCACGGCCGCGGCCGGCCUCCGUGGGGACAGCGCCCUGGGGGCCCCUGAGGCCUUCUACGCGGGCGGCCGCGGGGCGCCGCCCGUGCCGGACACGGGCCCCACCAGUCCCUACGGAGGCUCGGGCAACGGGGGCUUCACGUUCGGCGGGGACGGCCCCGGCGCCCCCGCGGGAACGUCCGCCCCCGAGGACUGCGACUUCGGCUUCGACUUCCUGGCGCUGGACCUCACGGUCCCCGCCGCGGCCACCAUCUGGGCGCCCUUCGAGCGCGCCGCGCCCCUGCCCGCCUUCAGCGGCUGCGCGGCCGUCAACGGGGCCCCGACGCCUUCGUCCUCGGGCGCGCGGCGCAGCAGCGGGGCCGCCACCCCGCGCCACUCGCCCACGCUGCCCGAGCCCGGCGGCCUGGGCCUGGAGCUGCCGCUGGCCCGCCGCGGAGCCCCGGACCCGGUGGGCGCCCUGCCCUGGUGGCCCCCGCAGAGCGCCCUGCCGCCCUUCUCCGGCGGCGCCAGCUUCGCGGCGGCGCCCUCGCUGCCCAGCGCCGCCACCGCCGCCGCCGCCCUGGACCCCGCGGCCCCAGACGGGGGCCGCAAGCCCCCCAUGGCAGCCGCGGCGACGGCCAGCGCGCCCGAGGCCCCCGCUGCCCCCGCCCCGGGCCCCGCCGUGGCCCUGGCGCGCGAGUGCGUGGUGUGCGCGGAGGGCGAGGCCAUGGCCGCACUGGUGCCCUGCGGCCACAACCUCUUCUGCAUGGACUGCGCCGUCCGCAUCUGCGGCAAGAGCGAGCCCGAGUGCCCGGCCUGCCGCACGCCGGCCACCCAGGCCAUUCAUAUCUUUUCCUAGCGCGGGUGGCGGGAAGGGGGGCGGGGCGGGGCCGCGCGGGGGGCGGGGCCACGCGAGUCCGCAUGCGCUUUAACUCCUGCGCCAGGCGUGGAGACGGCCGGCCCGCGGCCCAGCGACGGCCCCUCGGCGCCGGAUGAAUGACAGACAGUAUUGAGUGGACAGGUGAACGUGAGCGGAGAGAGAAGGCCUGCUUGCACUUUUUAUUUAAGACACCCCCCCCCCUCCCCAGGGCAAUCUUAAAACAAAAAAACAUGAUUUUUACCACUCUCCUUCCUCGUCCUCCUUUUGUAUGUAGCCGUUUGGAGUUCCAGUGUUUUCCCGGCCGGUCUUGGGCCGCACGGACUCUUCCAGAGCCAGAGGGGUGGAGUGGUGACCCCUUCGGGGGUGGGGGCUCGCAGUGCGCGGUCCGACACCGGUGUCGGGACGGGGGGUGGGGGG